UACAAGCGUUUUGCGCGCGGAAGUUCUCGGAUGUAGCUAUCUGGCCCGUGGCCGGUCCAACCAAAAAUAUAUAUAAAGAGAAUAAAAGAUACACGCAGAUGUAUGGAUAUUUUUGCACUUGAGACAGAUCACAAGGGACAAGUUUAAGACAACCAAAAGCCAGUAUGCAAAGGGUGCCACAGAGCAUUUCAAAUGAAAGGAGGACACACCUCAAACUUAUCAACAGGAAACCGGAUCAGUACACAUAAUUCAGGGUUUUGAGGUUUCUGACUCAGCUCAUUCAAAUGUGGCUGAUUGCUGUUUCUGUCCCGCUGCUCUCUGCCGUCAUCAUCAUUGUGGUAUCCGGCCGUUGUUGUGACAAGGUUUCCAUGCUGUGGCAUCGAGCUCUGGCCUGGGCACUGAGGUUGGUGCGAGGGAGAGUGUGUGUGAGGAGCACCCAUGCCUUUGUGUUCUCAGAAUGCACCCACGGCAAAGUUGACAGUGUCCUGGAGACCUUUGACCUUUAUGCUGAAACACACCCCUCUUUAUGCAUUGGUCCAGAGACUGGCGAGGUGUUGGAUGAAGUGGUGAGGCGUGUCCGUCCCUCCCAGGUGUUGGAACUGGGGAUGCACUGUGGCUACACCUCAGUCCGCCUGCUGCGCCUGCUGCCCCCUGCUGGCAGGCUGAUCACAGUGGAGCUGGACCCACUCACAGCAGAGCUAGGAGAGGAAAUCAUACUGGUGGCCGGCUUCAAACACUCUCAGUUCCAGGUGUUGACGUCUAGCUCAGCAGAGGCCAUACCAACAUUGCGUUCAUUUCUGGAGCCUGAUCAAAAGACCAGUGAAGGCUUCAACCUGGUGCUAAUGGACCACGAUCCCCAGCAGUACCUUCCAGACCUGCUGGCUCUGGAGAGAGAAGAGCUCCUCUGCCCCUCCGGCUGCUCCAUCCUUCUGAUCAGCAGGAAAACAAGAGCCGAAGACCUCAGAGAAAUCCUGGAUCACGUCAGACUGAGAGCAGACCGCUGCAGCAUCAAGACAGAGCUUCGGAGUAUGGUGGAAAUCUCCUACCAGAAGGAAAGCGGUAAUGUUGAAUGUGAUAACAAAAUCUAAACAUGUUGGUGUGUGAUUUUAGUUUGUGUUAACCAAUAGUAUUAAAUACUUCCAACCAAAACUAAACUACUUAUUUUUCUCAGUUGACUCAAUGAAAAAAAAAACUAGAAUAAAAUAUUUUUUAUCUCUCUCUUCCACAAAGUUUGAUUCAAAGUCAUUAAUACUAAUUAGUGAUAUGUGUUACAGUAUUUCCAAGUUAAACAACAUGCUGUGACAUGUGCAGUUAAACUGUUCAUACAAAGUUCAUCUACUUUAUCCUUCAGGUUAUUAUAUGGCAACUGAAUGAAAAAGCAAAACAAUUAAACACAUUAAAGGUUCAAAAAUUCACUUGUUUGUAUUACUGAGAAAAUCCCAAAGAUGAUGACUUCUCACAACUGAAGCAACAAAAAGCAAAUGACUAGAUGUAGAGCACAGAGUAACCACUUGAUGGCGCACUCUGCUUUUGAAAAGAAUAGACUCUCAAGACCUUGAACUUGGUUUGACAAGGCAAUCCUUUAAGGAAAAUGCCACCUAUUUUAAGAACUUUAACGUUAUUACUGCACCACAGGGCCGCCCAGAAAACACUAGCAAAACAUUUUCUUUUGAUACAAACAGGACAAUCAACCUUUUGAAUUGUCUGAUUUUUUUCAUUAUAAGGUAGGUGAUCCUCAGCUGUCCUGCUCUAACACACGCUCCCUCUCGUCCAUCUUGUGUUAUUUACUUUCAGACCCCAAUGUCAGUGUUUACAAUGAAAUAAAUAAAGCAUUAUUCAGGAAAUUGCCCCCAGUCGAUCUUUUUUUUCUCCCCCCUCUAUUUACGAACAUCAGCAAUCUUGCUCUAAGUGGCUAUAAUGUCUGAGAUUCACUGUUCCAGCAAGCAUCUUAAAUGAGGAGAAUCAGCGUUGUGUUCUGGGUAGAACUCAGAUGGAGGUUUUCUGAAUUAGCCUCUAAUGGCACUGCCGAGGCUUUCAAAGCAGCUGGAAAGCCAUUACAUGGUUUAGAGACAAUUUAGUGCCGAAUUUAAAUAAAUAAUAUUUGUGCAAUAACACGAUUUAAUUAAAUGCAAUAUUUCCAGGAGCCUCCGGGUGGGUCCAGACUCCGGGUCACAGCGUGGUGAAUGUCGUACUGAGUAAAUUUAUGCUAACUUAGAAAGCUUACUGCAGUUAAAGAGGGACAGUUAAGACAGAGAGAGAGAGAGGGGGAGAGUCAGGGAGAGUUAUAAAUUAGACAAGCAUCCAUCCAGUUUAACCAUUCACCAUGAGUGUCUCCACAUAGCGGAACAGGCAAUGGCGCUGGCAGAGUUUGACUGAGCUGCAUGAAUACUUUAUAAUCUCAUACAUGGAUCACUAUUUGCAUAGACGGGGAGGCGGCAAUUGGUUUUGUUGAAUUAAGACUUGGUGGGGGGAAAAAAACACUGGUUUCCAGGAAAUAUGGGUUAUUUGCCAGUGGGGUUGUUCAUUAUUUAUUAGCUGACUUCUGUCUGACAUGAGUACCCAACACUCUGCCUUACAAGGUUGCAUGGAUUUCAGUUCAAUAUGAGGUAACAGCAUGAAAGUAGACUUCGGGCAUUGGGUGAAUGUUUGCUAUCCAACUGGUUAUGGUAUUACUCCGAUGAAUUGCAGAAGCAUCAUCAACCAACAAAGUUAGAAGUCACAUAAUCAAAAUAUAACUGUUUUAAUUCCAAAGGAAGCCAUUCCACAUCAAGACGAACGGGAAAAAACAAAGGUGACGCCCACUCACAGCAAGUGAUUGCCAGCAUGAAAGUCAAAGUACUGAAUAUUAUUUUCACUAAUUAGCAAUCUGGAGCAUUUCACUUAGCAAAUAGCAACAUUCAAGGUGGGUGUAAUCAUCUGCGAGGGAUUUUUUUUUUCUUUUUCAUCCAUUAGAAGGAGUUUGUAAUUCGUGUUUCUCUGAAUGAAAGAACCAGUGUCUUGAUGACAACAAAGAUCCGAGUCUUUGGAUUUUGUUUUCUAGCAGAAUUUGUUGUCUUUGUAAAUAUUUACUGCAAGUUUCUGAACCAGCAUAUGUGCAACAGUUUUUUGUUAUUUUUUUAAUUAUGAACUGAUAUUUCCAUUAAACAGUGAAAACAACAUGAUAUAAAAGUUAUUUGACUGUAUCCUGAACCAGAGUCGAAGCGAAAAGAAAAGCAGGAAUAUUUUU